AUGUUUCGCUUAAUGAUACUUGUGAUUUGUUGUUAUCUGAUAUGAUUCAAUUAUUGAAAUUAUUUAUAAAUUUUCUUUUAUUUAAUCAUCAAAACGUGCAUACGAAGUGACAGUAGACGGUUAAAACGGCCGAAGUUUUUUGUUUGUAAACGACAUGCUCCUCUCAUAAUACAGGUCCGCGUCUAAAUUUUAAAUAUCUAAAUUUUUAAACAAUUAAAUAUUAACAUUUUACAAAUCCAUAUUACCAAAUCGAUUUUAUCAAUGAGAUGCUCUCGAGAUCCAGAGUAUCAUCCCGGAAGCUGCAACGAUUUCUCACAAGGUAUAUCAGAAUAUCAGUCAAUCACGAAGUAAGGUUACAUAGUUUUUUGAAAACCGGUAUCAUUUGCUAGUGAAAUUUUAUUUCAUUACUUACAAUUAAAAGCUAUCAAUUAACUAUAUAUUCUUUUGCGUAUUAUAGAUUGUUCUCAUUGGAUAAAGGUGGAGAAAGUAAAAAAGGUACACCAGGAUGUACGAGACCAGAAAAAUUUCAAAUCUGUCAACUGGAUCCCUGUAUGGUAGAUCCAUGCAAACCAGAACCAACUAUCGUAAUCAUAGGAGCUGGCAUGGCUGGACUAUCAGCAGCGCAUCGAUUGAUUCAAUGUGGCCUCCGCAAUUUUACAAUUUUAGAAGCGACGGAUAGGCCGGGUGGUCGAAUUCACUCUUGCUGGUUGGGCGACGUGGUGACAGAAAUGGGCGCCACGUGGAUCGAAGGUGGUUGCGUGGCAAAUCCGGUGUUCACUUUGGCGGCACAGGAAGGUUUGUUGAAGGCACCGCUUUUUAGACCGGAUCCGAGUCGUGGACUUUUCUGCACCAGCGACGGCAGGGCCAUCGAUCUUCCGGUCAGCAUCACAGCGUAUCACACCUUUCGGCAGAUCGAGCAACAGGCGGCGGCUCUCUUCGCUCUUGGCUGCGGCCGUGCCCACGGUACGUUGCUGAAUUUUAUGGGCAUCAGAAUUCAGCAGGAGCUCCACAACUUCCCAGAGGAGCAACGAUAUGAUGCCGCAAGGGUGAUGUACGGCAUGACGAAUUGCUUAAGAUGUCGAUGCGGAGAUGAUCUCUCGCUUGUCUCGGCCGAUCAAUUUGGCAGCUAUAUCGAGAUUCCCGGUGGAAAUAUUAGAGUACCCUUAGGAUAUGUGGGGGUGCUAGCGCCCUUGCUUCGAGAUUUGCCAAGUGGUUGUGUCAGGUAUUGCAAACCAGUUAAUUGUAUUCAAUGGGGUGCAACAAGCAAUGCGUGUCCGCGGGCUGUCGUGAAAAGUAGCGAUGGCGAGGAGUUUCCUGCUGAUUAUGUGAUCGUAACCGUUUCGCUUGGCGUCCUGAAAAAUCAGCACGCGAAAUUGUUUUUGCCAGGAUUGCCUAUCGAGAAAGUCGAGGCAAUAAACAAGCUCGGGUAUGGACACGUUAAUAAAAUCUUCCUCGAAUACGCGAGACCAUUUUGGGUUUGGCGUGAAGGUGCCAUCAAGUUGGCCUGGUCUGCUGAAGAACUGGCAAACAAAUGCGACUGGGUGAAAGGUAUGGCAAAUGUAGAAGAAUUACCUAAUUCUCAACAUGUGUUGUGCGCCUGGGUGUGUGGACGCGAAGCAAAGGACAUGGAGUUAUGCUCUGAUGAGGAAGUAGUGGAGUCGAUGACGAUGGUUCUUCGUCAAUUUACCGGCGACCCGACGUUACCUUAUCCAAUUAACAUUCUCAGGAGCAAGUGGUGCUUGGAUCAAUACUUCGCUGGGGCUUACAGUUACAUGGCGAUGGACAGCACCGUUGGUCAUCAGUGUGAUCUAGCUAGUCCAUUACCGGGCUCUUGCGAGAUAGUGCCUCCCAUUCUUUUAUUCGCGGGCGAGGCUACUGUACCAGGUCAUUAUAGCACGGUGCAUGGUGCAAGACUCAGCGGUAUUCGUGAGGCAGAGAGAAUCAUUCAAUUAACAAAACGAUUUAAUGGUCCGCCGAAGGUGUUUCCGAAGAAAGUACCCGUUAAAUCGUGA